CGCAGCCUCCGAGUGCUGCAAACGGAACAUGCAACUUUUGAGCAUUGAGAAUGCUCAGGAGACGUUGUGCUUGAGCUCAAUGAUCGCCAGGCCAAACUACGGAGGUUUUGGGCCAAGCUUUUGGACUGCUGGCAGUGAUCAAUACCACGAAAACUGGUUCAUUUGGUGCACGGCAACCACAACAAAAAAUAUAUCGUCAGAUUUCAAAUGGGGAUCAGGGGAGCCGAACAACGUCAACAGUGAAAACUGCGUAGAAAUGGGUGUGACAUCAGGCACGCCACCCAACAAUGUUUACUACAACGACGUAAAUUGCUUGACUUAUUCAACUAAAUACAUUUGCGAAACUUAUGAGCCAGGAUGUUCUAUGCCCAGUUGCCCCAAUUUCACCUGCCAAACGGAUGCAGCCAAACAAGUUCUGAUGGAACAUUCAGACAAGCGUGUGGCAAACAAUAUUUCAUAA